CCAACCCCCGCCCGCGCCCGCGCGGCGCCGGCGCCACCACCACACGGCACGAUGCGGUGCUCGUCUCAGCUCUCCCACCGCGACUUCGUCGCCGUGCUCUCCCGCUGCUCCACCCGCGCGCACCUCGAGCAGCUCCACGCCCACGCCUUCGUCGCGGGGCGCGCCGCCGCGCAGCCCACCACCUUCCACCUCCUCCGCUUCGCCGUCCUCCGCCUCUCCUGCCUCCCCUACGCGCGCCGCCUCUUCGACGCCACGCCCCACCCCAAUGUCUUCCUCUACUCCGCCAUACUCUCCGCCUACGUCUCCUCCUCCGCAGCCGCCGCCUCGUCCCCUGCCUCCCACGCGCACGCCCGCGACGCGCUCGAGCUCUUCCUCCGCAUGCUCCGCCGGGGCCGCCCGGCCCCCAACCAGUUCGUGUACCCGCUCGCGCUCCGCGCCGCCUGCGCCGUCGGCGUCCACCUCGUCAGGUCGAUCCACUCCCACGCCUGCAAGAGCGGUUUCUGCGAAUACGAUGUCAUAAGGACCUCGCUCCUCGAUGGUUACUCGAGGUACGGGAUGAUGGCCGACGCGCGCAAGCUGUUCGAUGGUUUGACCGAGAGGAACGUGGUCUCCUGGACCGCGCUGAUGUCCGGGUACGCAAGGGCCGGGAAGGUUGGGGAUGCGAUCGUGCUCUUCGAGCGGAUGCCCGAGAGGGACGUGGCUGCAUGGAACGCAAUCAUCGCGGGCUGUACUCAGAACGGGCUGUUUGUGGAGGCUGUUGGGAUUUUGGGGAGGAUGGUGGGCGAGGGGUUCCGGCCAAAUGCAACCACAGUUUCUUGUGUGCUAUCUGCAUGUGGGCAUCUUGGGAUGCUGAAGAUUGGGAAGUUGAUCCACUGCUAUGCGUGGCGGACCUGUGUUGGUUUUGGCUCAUCCGUUCUGAAUGGGUUGAUUGAUAUGUACGGUAAAUGUGGGAACCUAAAGGGGGCAAGAUGGAUCUUUAAUGAGCUUUCAGAUAGAAGCCUGACCACGUGGAAUUCUCUGAUCAAUUGUCUUGCAUUACAUGGGCGCAGCGAGUGUGCAAUCGCUGUGUUUAAUGCGAUGAGGGAUGAAGGGGUUGAACCUGAUGUGGUUACUUUUGUUGGACUGUUGAAUGCAUGCACUCAUGGAGGGUUCGUUGAUGAAGGACUUAGAUACUUUGAAUUAAUGCAACAUGAGCAUGGAAUUGAGCCAGAGAUUGAGCAUUAUGGGUGCAUUGUCGACCUUCUUGGUCGGGCAGGCCGGUUUCAGGAUGCACUGAAUGUUAUCAGCAAUAUGAGGAUCGAAUCAGAUGAAGUCAUAUGGGGAUCAUUGCUAAAUGCAUGUAGAGUACACAGACAACUAGAACUGGCUGAACUUGCAAUCAGGAAGUUACUAGAGUUGGAUCCAAAUAAUGCUAACUAUGUAGUGAUGCUGGCAAAUGUUUACAGUGAAGGUGGCUUGUGGGAAGAGGUGAGGAAAGUAAGGAAGUUUGUGAAGGAGGAGACUAUAGGCAAGAAGCUGCCUGGUUGUAGCUGGAUCGAGGUGGACCGCAAGAUACACCGGUUUUACUCUGGUGAUGAUGCACAUCCUCAGUCAGAGGAUAUAUAUGAUACUCUUGAUGAUUUAGCAGCCUCAAUGGAACUGUGACAAAAUAUACUGCCAGUUAAAAAUGUUUCCAGAAGCUUACAUAGCUGCAUAACUUUCAUAAAUUCGCUUCAUUAUUGGAAAGUCAUGAGCUUAACAUCUGUGCAGUAAACAAAGUGGGCUCCCCUAGUUAAGCAUCUGACCUACCUCUAACAUAUUUAUCAGAGGUACACAAGAAGGCGUUCCAUCAAAGCCUUUUAUCAAUCUACUUCAUGGCAAGAAGCAAGAGUUUUGCAGAUCUAGAUGAGGAUGGAACAUGGGAUGGAUAGAUACUAGAUCAAGAAAAGUGAAACAUUCAGAAUCUGGAGGCUGGAGAAGAGCUUUGCAAUUGCUGAUAGUUAAAAUACAUCUUUUUACCAUUUGUCGCACCAGUUAGUGAUUACCGUUUUGAGCCUGACAUUUCGCAACCAGUAUACAUAGUGGAAAUGACUGAAACAAACUUGAAAGGUGUUGUCAGAUUACUUGAACUAGGUAGUAUAUUUUUAAUAUUCAUUGUACUGACAGUAUAACAAAUUACUAUUCUAGUCUUUUGUCGGUACUCGUUGUAUGUCCGCAUUGUUUGGAUCAGAUGAGAAUAGAACAUGGGAAUGGUAGAUCAAGAAAAAUGCAGAAUUCAGAAUCUGAAAACUAGAGAAGAUCCUUGCAAUUGCUGAUGGCUGAAAGGCAUCGGUUGCCACAUGUUACACCAGUUGGUGAUUACUUAUUUGAGCCGGUCAUUUCACAACAGCGCUGUUGCUCAAUGGCAGUGUUUAGAGUUUAGACGAAUGCGUCUAACCUAGAAACCUGUUUCAUUUAGGGGUGUUUGGUUUGAGUAGUGGGAGGGUGAUGGUUCAUUGAUCCUAGCUCCGAACCUAACCUGCCUUUUGGAAUGGGUUGACCUACCACCAAUUCACCACCUCACUUAUCACAAGCAUAUUGUUGGUAUGAUUUGAGGAAUUGUGUUAUUGCACCAAAAUUUAUGUAUUGACCCCUCAAACAAAGUACAUAACACCUUAUUAGGUUAAUUAGCAAUUUGCGAUUUGGAAGGUAUAUUGCAUGCAUAUUCGGAAGGCUCAUGUCUUAAUGUAUUCGAUGAUGUGAUCAUGAGGCCCAAGACCAGUAAACUGUGCAACCCACAGUUGAGCACUCAAGUUUACCCUCAUCUCUUUUUGGUACUUUCUCAACUUGGUAUUAUCUCAUUUUUGGUCCUUAAUUAUGUUGCUGUUUUGUAGUAUGGUUUUAACAAAACCUAUUAUGCUCAGUGCUAAUUAAUGAAUGCUGUUAUUUAGAGUGACUGCUAACCUUGUCCUUACACUAUUUGAUUACUUAUGCCUCGUUAUCUUGUACAGUACAAUGGACUAAAAAAAUGAGAUGGGAGAAGCUAAAGAUGAACCAGAAACUGCCAUGUAUUCCAUUUACUGGCACAGAAGGGUAUUGAUUCAUUGUUGGUUCAUGUGUUCCCAUCCAUGGAUCUUGUCUCCACCACUUGGUAAAAAGUUGAUUCUUUUGACCGAAGAGAUCAAGAUUCAAGGUUAUGGAGGGAGUUACGAGAUGCUCGUGAGUUCCAUACCAUCCAGCUCGUAUAUAUUGUCACAUGGCUGGAUCAUGGUAGAAAGAACAUGGGCAAAUGGCCGCCGUACGUUGCCACUGCAACCCUGCCAGCAAAGAUGGAGGUAGAAAAGGAUGGUGCAGGUUGUGCAACAAACAUACAGGGUACAGUGACAGGGACCGACGAUUUGGAAAGGUGAGAAUAAAAGUACUCUAUCGUCUUGGUCUGGAAUAAUUCCAAUGCAUUCCAAUACCUCGCCAUGUAAAUGGCGAACGGUACAUGCCACCCUGACCACCCAAAACCAGCCAAAAAAUUUGGUCAAUCCAACAUCUGAGCUCGUCCAAAUAAAGGCGGGAUAUAAGUGACUGGAGUGAUAGGCAGUCAUGUCAUAUACUCUUAUCCCAACAACUUUUUUAGGGUUUCUGAUUUACUCCAUCCAUUCUCUUCAAUAGAUUUAUUUUCAAAACUGAAAUAUUCUGUUUUGAUAGUCCUAUUUGAUAGUAAGGAUAGUAAGGGGUUUGCGCGGAAAA